AUGUCGGUUGUUACAUACACCGAAAUUGAAAGAAAGUUCUUUGACGUUUACGAGGGGGAUAAGGAUGUGUUUUUUGCAAAGGAACAUGGAUUAUUUUUAAGUUUAAGUAACAAUAAUAUAUAUUGUUUUAAGGUAAGGAAUGAGGGAGAAAAUCACAAUAACUUAUAUGUACAUAAUGCUAAGUAUCCUACUUGUGUAUUGGAGUCUUGUGUGAGUAUUGAUGAUAUAAAAGAACAUUACCAUAAAAAAUAUUUGAAUAGAUAUUGUAUAUCUUUAUUUAGUACUAUAAGCCACUUUUACUAUUCGAAUAAGAAUUUGUUCUUAUCAACUGACGAUAACAACAUACACCAUUAUGUUUUAGUGCUGAAUGAUCAAACGAAAAUAGAGCCUGUGGAUGAAAAGAAAGAAGAAAUUAAUGAUGAGGAUAUAAAAGAUAAAAUAUAUUUAUAUGAUCAUGAAGAAGAUAAAGAAAAGAGUAUUUAUUCUUAUAAUUACAAUUGGGUACACUUAGAAAAAAUAUAUAUAUGGAAAACUGAUAAUAUAGUUAUAACAUGUUUUUAUUUUAAUAAUAUAGGAGGGAGAAAGUUAGUUGUUGGGUAUAUUAAUGGUUUAAUUAAUGUAUUUGAUAUCAAUACAUAUAGAUUAUUAUUAUCUUAUAAAAUACAUAACAGUAGAAUUACAAACUUGAAAAUGUACAAGAAUUUUAUUAUUAGUUCGGAUAUAACAAAAAAUAUUUUCAUUUAUGACGUUGGGCAAAAUAAAAAAAUUAUGUCUUGCCAGGAUCAUAUGAGUGGCAUAAUGGACUUUCUUUUUUUAGCCGUCCAAGAUGAUCGUGUUAAGAAAGGUGAAGAUGUGAGGGGUAAGGUGAACGGGGGAGGCAAGAGUAAGGUGGAAAAGAGUGACAGUCUGGAUGAGGAAGAAUGUGACAAACGGGGUGAAGAAGAGAGCGAUGAAUACGAGGAGGAGGAAGAAGAAGAUAAGUUGAUAGGAUUCAUCAGCAUCGGAAAUGACAAAAUAAUGAACAUAUGGAAUCUAAGCAUGUUAAAUUCGCGGGAUGAGGGCGAAUAUAGAAAAUUAAGGGAACAGAAGAACAGUGAAAAAAAAAAAAAAGAGAAUAGCGCGAUAGUAACAUGUAGCCCUAUAAAACAAAUAUAUUUAGGUAAUGAUAUAAACAGUGCAUUAAUAAUAUCAUCUAGUGUUUUUACAAAAAAUAAAAAAAGCAAAUUAAUAAUAAAAGACGAAAAUAUAAAAUGGUUAAUACUAACACAUGAUAGUAAGGGUAAUCUACUUUUUUACAACCCACUGAAAGGAGAUAUAAUCUUCAAGUUUAAGGAGAAUAAACUUUUAAUUAAUGAAAGUAAUAUAAAAAAAUUUUUUUUGUUAAAAUACAAAUUAUAUAUAUUUAGAGAAGACAGUUCUUUAUUAAUUUAUGAUAUAAGAAAUUUCAAAUUAAUAAAAAAUUAUCUAUGUAAAAUAGAGGGUAUUUUUGAAAUGCUACUUUUUAAUCCAAAUUCUAGUGACAUAACAGAUGAACAGAAUAAAAGGAUUGAAGAAGAAAAGCUUAUCUUAGAUGUAAAAUGUGAUUACAAUGACAAGGAAGAUAUAAAAUGUAUAAUUUUAAUGGGUGAUAGUAUUAUAAGGAUUUUAAGUUUUGAAGAUAAUGUAAUCAUACAAACAUUACUCAUUAGACAUGAAGAUGUUGUGUCAUGUAUUAAGUUAAAUGAAACUAAUAAUCUAUUAUUUAGUGGAUCGAAUGAUAAAAAUAUUUUCGUCUGGAGUUUAAAAAGUAAUACUUGCCUAUACAUAUUAAAAGAUAAUUUAUAUUCCAUUAAUGCAAUUGAUGUAAAUUUGAGGAAAUUUCCUUCAGUUAUACUUGUAAGUGUGUGUGAGGACUGUAGUUUAAAGUUAUGGAAUUUUAUAGUUGAAGUGGACAAUAUGGAAAAAGAAAAAAAAAAAAAGAAAAGAAAAUUGGAUGAAAUUUUUACAGAUUUGGAAAUAGUUAAAAGUAACUUCACCAUCUAUCCCCAUAAAAUUUUAAUUAACGACGUAGCUAUAUCUCCAAAGGGGAAGAUGGUCGCCACAUGCAGCAAAGACAAAACGAUAAAACUAUUUGAAACGAGGAGCUUAAAGUUAAUAAAGAUUUUGGAAGGCCAUAAAAAGUCAGUUCAGAAUGUUUUGUUUUCAAAGACUAAUCAACUUUUAUACAGUAACUCAUAUGAUAGUGUAAGAAUAUGGAACAUAAAGACUUUUGAAUGUUUAAAAAGUAUACAAAGUCUAGAUUUCAAUAUUACGAAAAUGUUAAUUUUGAAUGAUAUUUGUAUGAUUAAUGCUUAUAGCAAUGGUAAUAUAAGCAUAAUUAAUAUAAAAAAUUGUGAAAAAAUAUCAAAUAUCAAUUAUCAUAAUGAUAAAAUAUUUUGUUUACAAAAUUGUAAUAAUCAUAAUUUACUGUUAUCUGCUUCAGUAAAUGGAGAACUGAUGUUUUUAAAAAAUAUUAGCGAAAAAAUUGUUACUGAAAAUAUGUUUGAAAAAAGAAAACACAUAUUUUAUGAAAACUGCCUAGAAAAUUUGUUAAAAGAAAAAAGAAUUAACGAAUCAUUACUCAUUUGUUUGAAGCUUGGUAAAAAAUAUAAAUUUAAAAGUAUCAUAGAGAAUUAUUUAAAUUUCUAUACGUUUUCUAUUUUAAAUAUCUUAAAAAAAUUUGAGCACGAAUAUGGUUUAAGAAAAAUAGUUCAAAGGGGUGAUGAUACUAAUGGUGAUGAUACUAAUGGUGAUGAUACUAAUGGUGAUGUUACUAAUAGUGGUGCUACGCAUCUAGGAAUUAAAAAAGAGUUCGACUUCAAAAAGGAGCGAUCGCAUAAUGAAUCUUAUAACAAAGAAGGAAAUAUUAAUCGCAGGGAGCAGUCCGAUGAUGUACAUGUCUUUAAUGUUGUAGAAGGUAAGAAGGACAAGUCUAACGAAGUGAAAUCGUUGAACGUAUAUAGUGACGAUACUGUAAUUAGUAAUAUUCAGAAUUAUUUAGAAAAUGCAGAUAUUUUAGAAAAUUAUAUAUAUAUUCAAUUGUCAAAAAUGUUAUCUAAUGAAUCAGAUAAUUCGAUGAAAGUCGAAAAGGGAGUGGAUCAAAGAAGGGUGGAAAACAUGAUCGUGAAAAAUGAAAAUAAUUUAGGGGAAAAGAGUCAAUCAGCCUUGAGGGAAACUGAACAGAGAGGUAGUGACCUGCACAAUGAUGAUGACAACUUUGUUUUAUUUUUAAGAAAAAUGAAAAAAAAAAGUGAACACUCCUAUUUCUUAUACCUUAACAGACUUAUGGAAUUUAUCACCUUUUUCAUUAUAAAUCAUAGGUUUGCAUAUAUAUCAAAUUUUCUUUUGAACAGCGUAAUUAAAUAUAUUGAUUACGCAGAUAUAUGUAAAAUUAAUAAUUAUCAACAUUUUUUUGAAAUUUAUAAUAGUUAUAUUCCGAGGCAUAAAAAUAGAUAUUUGAAGUCUUUGCAAAAAUCGAAAUGCUUUGAGUUAAUUAACAUCAACUACUACAAAGGGGACAUAAAGAUGAUGAACUGA